UCGUUAGUCGACUGCAUCAGCCGAGUCAAGACGAGUUGAGUUACUAUUCUACUAGUUCAGUAGAGUUUGAACGGUGCGAGCGGAAGGACUGGAUUUUUUGGCUUUCGGGUUGAUUGGUGGCAACCAGUGUGAGGAGUCCUUGAAGUCAGGAUUUUAUUUUGUGGCGGUUUACGGGGCCAGAAUUGCGGUGGGACCAAAUAGAGUGACGGGUUUUUUUUUCAAAGUAUCGAAUGUUGGCUUCGGUGAGGAAGUGAAGGUUGUUGAAUUUGUUGGUGCUUUUUGACCGCUGGAGUGAAGAAUCGUUCAAAAAUUUCGCGAGUUCGGUAAUAUACAAUAAGAAUCGUCUGGAACCGAGAUCCGUGUCCAGUACCGGAUUCGAGUGUCUCGUUCCGAUUGAAUCUCCGCACGCCUAGCUCCUAGUUUCUUCGGAAAUCCACCUAUAAGGAAUAUAGUCAAAUACCUGCCAGCCUAGGAAGUAGCAGCAGUGAAAGGGCACAGCCAUGGCCGAUAAGAAAGUAGCAGAACAAUAUUACGCCCCACCCGAAAAAUUGGGAAAAUGGGAAGGCUUCAGGGUAUUUCUCUGGAACAGCGAAACCAGUCAAUGCCUUGGCCGAACCGGCUCCAGUUGGGCGAAAAUCCUCUUCUUUUACCUAGUCUUCUAUGCUGCACUGAUCGGAUUUUUCUCAGCGAUGCUUGCAGUGUUCUGGCAGACGCUAGACAUGAAAAUGCCGAAGUACCAGCUGUCCGAAUCCCUGAUAGGAGCUAAUCCAGGUCUCGGAUUCCGACCGAUGCCAGAGGACGACAACGUCGAGAGUACGCUCAUCUGGUACAAGUCCUCGGACAACGGCAACGUUGAAGUCUGGACACAGGAGAUCGACAAAUUUUUGAAACCUUACAACAAGGAGCAGGAAAACCGCGUCGACUGCUCGUUUGACAAUCCCCCACCGGAGGGCAAGGUCUGCAAGGUUCCGAUGAACGAAUGGGGACCCUGCACCAAGGCGAAUCGUUACAACUUCAAGAAGAAGAGCCCGUGCAUAUUCCUGAAGCUCAACAAGAUCUUCAACUGGGUUCCAUCGUUGUACAACACCACCGAGGGUUUGCCCAAACACAUGCCAGAGGAUCUUCAGGAGCACAUCGGUGCUGAGCUCAGCCGUGGAGACAAGAACGCCAACAUUGUCUGGGUUUCCUGCGGUGGCGAGAAUCCGGCCGAUAACGAGCACAUCGGCCCGAUCAACUACAUCCCCCGUCGAGGAUUCCCGGGAUACUUCUUCCCAUUCAAGAACAUCGACAACUACUUGCCCCCGAUCGUAGCAGUCCACUUCGAGAGCCCCAAGACCGGUGUUCUGAUCAACAUCGAAUGCAAAGCCUGGGCCCGCAACAUCCACCACGACCGAGCGGAUCGAAGAGGGUCGGUCCAUUUCGAGCUGAUGGUUGACUAAGAAACGCGGCCAUCGUCCCUAGUAGCAGCUGGCAAGAGUAAGGCAGGCCGAAGAAGAUGAGUCUAGGCGGGCGGCGGAGGACAACGACUAACGACGGAGCAUUCAAUUCAACAGCAGCAACCAGAGAAACCACAGAGAAGCCACAACAGCAAACAACUAGUAGUGAAUGACAGCGAAUGAGAAAGAGUGAAGAGAGGUAGAUCAGAGACUAAGAAGAUCUGAUGCAAAAAAAAAAAAACACUUUCACAAAAACAGACAGACACACGCAAAACACUUCUAAGCGGAUAAAGAUCGCGCAUUUUAUAAGGUGUGUGAGAAAAAUUGAAAAAAAUCAAAUAAAAAAAGAAGCAGAUUCAAAUUGAUUCCGGAUCCGAACGAAACGAAAUUUUGAAGCUGAUGAUGUAAAAUAAGUGGUGAGGAAAAUUAAUCUGUAUUAUGAACAGUUUAAAUAGGAGUGUGCCCAAAAACGAGCCGGGUGAUAAAACACAUGAAAAAACAAUUAAUAAUUGAUAACAAGUAUUGAAGACUAGUUGAAGGAAAUUCGAGAAGAAAAAAAGGGAAGAACAGAAUAAACAAAACUAGCUUCAACUGACAUUAGUAAAGUGACGGCUUAAUGAAUGGAAUGAAACAUCGGAAAGUGAGUAAUUCAAAACUAAUAACAACAAAUUUAGGUGCGAUCUUUAAGUAAUUUAAAGUAUAAUUAACAAAACAAAACAAUAUAGCGGUUAAUGAUAAUACUAAAGAAAAACAAGCGCGAAAACAUCAUCUCGUAUAGGACGAAAACAAAUAUGGAUUAUAAGCUACUACCAUUUAACAAAAAAAACACAUGUACAGCUCUUAAAUGUAUACUCAUACUGAAAUCGCGAAACCGACCCUGUUGAACACUUAUUAAUAAAGAGUCUAUCAUAAAUUGAACACAAACAGAUAACAAUGCAACUCGAAGAAAGAGGUUAGGCCAAUAUCGGAUCAAGGAAAGCGAAAGCUUUCGAGCAGACACAUGACGGACUAGGGCGAGGUGGUGUGAUUGGAUAUGAUUGGAAAAAUAUUCAAAAAAAAAACCAAAAAAUAGAAAAUUAAAAAUCAAUCGACUGAACAUGACGAAUGAAACAAAAACCACACACACACCCAACAGGAACAGGAACCAAACCAAGGAAUCAACCAAUCGACGAGGACUUAACAGAAUUAUAACAACCAAGAAUGGAAGAACACAGAAACGAACUACACAGGAACAGAAACACCGCCGCAUUCAUACGCAUUCAAGAGCAAGCCACAAGGACGACACAAUUGACGAACUCUUCUAGGUAAGGCUAUUUAGAUUGGACGAAGGAUGCGCAUUUCGGACGAAAGUUAAUUUCAACAAGCAAUUUGAAAACGCUGAAUCAGUAAGUUUUCGAAUUUCGCUAAAUAAGAGGUAGUAGAGAAAACUAAGCUAAAAAAAAUUCUGUGUACAAACGAGAGAGCAAAUCACUAUGGCAAAAAGUACAUGCAAACAUGAACAAGUGGUAACAAGCAAGUAUGACUUAUGCGUGAGAACCCGAGGAGAACACGGAAAUCGAAAAGUAGAAGGAUUAUUUUUUAUAUAAGUCAAACAUACUUAAAUAAUGUGAAGCUUUUAUAGAGAAGUAAACAAAAAGAAAACACAAAGCAUUAUACAGAGACACUUUCACACAGACACCUGCAAAACAAAAAAAGAACAUGAGAAGAUAAAAGUUUAUCGAUAUAUUUGUGGUUUGAUUGAAAUCAAGAAAAAAAAAAGCAAAUCUUGUUUCGUUUAUUCGAUUUUAAAGUUUAAUACGUUAAUGUAAGUGAAACUACUGAAGAAGAACACUGUUUGAUUGGUAAGAAAUCACAAAUAUAUCCGAAAUAUCAGCAAGUAUCGGCAACAGUUAGGACUAAUUGAGCUAUAGAGAAUACAAAAAAGGGUGUAGUGCUACCAAAAAGCAGAAAUAUAGUGCAAAAAGCUGCAGAGUACCGUCAAAUCAUUAUAUGAGCGACAUACGUUUACAAGGGCCUCUUUCUAUUCUUACACUCACUGCCCAAAAACAAGAAAUAAAUAAAAGGAAAAAAUAAAACAGAUACAAUGUAUUUAAAAAACAAAAAACAAACAAUGACAGCAGACAGCAAAAGCAAAAAAACGAGCGGAAAUCGUAAAACUUUGCCGCGUUAAUGCAAAUAAUAGAACCUGCAAUUUCAUCGUACUCCUAACGGUUACUCAAUGCUCUCGAAAAAAAAACAACCAGAAGAAAGAAGAAAAACCCACAAUACACCGCAUUUAGAGUUUGCGAUCAACCAAUCUGAUUCGGAAAAUAUAGAAAUAUUCGUCAACUUAAUGUUACAAUUCAACAACCGCUCGACCUAAAACCUAAAUUGUCUUCAUUUGACUCGGGAACGCUGGCAAAUUGAGGAUAUUUCUGAAAUUGAUCGUCACCUUUUGCAGACUGCAGUAGACCAAUAAUAUCUUUGGAGCAGAAUUAUUGACUAAGCUCUUAGCUAGAAUAUUUGCUUCGCUCAAAUUAAACUACGAUCUGAUGUGUUGUUUUCUACCUUCAGUGGCGAUUUCCAAGGAAUAAAAUUUAUCAAAUUGUCCACCUUAUCAAUUCUUCAGACUUUAAUAUCUCAAAAUUGGUCAACAACAUACGCUAACCCUUUGACAGUGUACAUUCGAAAUACACCGGAAGCUUUCUAUCGAAUUUCUCUCAGUGCUUCCAGCUUCAAAUCGACUGAGCCGAUUCCGAACUCAAGCAAAACCAAUACAAGCAAACCAAAAACUCGAACGCUAUCACGUUAACAUAUAGCCAUCCCAAAGCAUCCUGAAGCAGUGUGGCCAAAUCAGAACUAAUCCUCUCAUCUCCCGCGGCAGUAACCGAUUAAAAAUUGAUAAUAUUUGACACCCGUGCAAAUAAUCCCGAUAAAAAUGAAAAUGAACAUGCAAAAAAGUUGUUGAAAGUAUUAUUAACGAUUAUUAUUGGGAAAAAUUGAUAGAAAAAAUGAUAAAAACAAAAAAUUGAGCCUCGUAUAAAUAAACACCUACUAGCGAAAGUCAGUGAACAAAAAAAAAUACGAUAAAACCCAAACCAAAAAAAGGAAGAAAAAAAUGCUAUAAGUAAAUGUUAUCGAUGGUGCGCCAAUGCGAUUUUCAUGUGCUAACUUUGUCAUUAUUAUUAGUUUUGGUUCAUCUAGCGAACGCAAAAGCAGCAGUAGCAGCAAAACACACUCACACACCCGUCACUCGAAGGAGCAAAUUAAACGUUUUUUUUUCGGUUCAAACAAAGAAGAAGAAAACAUAAACAUAAAUAGACCCCCGGCAACAGCAACAAUCACCCAUUGUCAAUGCUGGCUGGCGUAACAUUUUUCGGUAAAUUGCCCCUAGAAUAUCGGAUUUAGAAAACUGUGUUUCAUUUUUUAUUCCGUUGUUUUUUUUUUCUGUUUACUAUUUAUUUCUGACACCUAGUGAUAAAGUAUUUAUUUACGUUUUAUCUCACCCGGCAACAAGUAUUGUUUAUUUUUGUAUAGUUUGAAACUAGCUCAUCUUACGUUCCGAGGAUAAAUAAGCAAAAAACUUGCGCACUGUGUUCAUAUAUCGAAUACAAGUUAAUAAAGUUGAAAACUGUUUAGGUAAAUCAUAGGAUUAGCUGUAAUGAACAAUGAUCUAAACAAUAAAUAAUGAAAAUGCCCCUUUUUCCCCAAAAAUAAACACUAAAAAAACACACCUACAUACACACUUUCAGUGAGACAACAACAGAACGAAAACAAGAAAAAUGUCAUGCCGUUUGAAGCAGCCAUAUACUUUUUUGAGCUAAGCCAUCAGUAGGUUUUGAUACUUUUAGAAAAUACUAUUUUAGCAAACAGGUAAAAAAAUAAAUGAAAUCGAAACUUGAAAUCCUUAGUUUAAGUCGUAUUUAAUUGUUUGACCUGUAUCGUGAUAUUUCGAUAACUGAAAUUGGACAUUUGAAGGGUGUAAAGCAAGACAACAGCUGGUUUCGCUACAUCCAAUGUGCAUCUAGAUAAAAUUUUCGAAUAUGUUAUUCCGAUUGUAUCGCUAACCUGCUAAACGAAGAUAAAUUUAAAUCCAACCGUCUAGCUUAGGCAAUGUGUUAUCCGAUGCGCGACAAUAGUCCAUGUGCAUCUUUUAGAAGAAACCCGAACAGUUUCAAAGCAGUUAAACACAGAUUGUUGAUGAAAAACUCGAGCAGGAAUGACAUACGUUGGAAACUUUUAUUUUUGACUAUUGGUUCUAGGACAAUACAAACUCAGUUAUAGGGAAUUCGCCCCACUUGCUAAGCUGAUGUCAAAGAACUAUCUUAAACAGAAGUUAUGCAGAAGUGGGGCACCGUAUCCCUUUCACUAUACUAAGUUUCGAGACUCUAAAAUCCGCUUUCGGCAUGUCACAGCAAGCAUUUAAAAUGGUUCUUAAUACAAAGUAAAAAACAAAAAAACAACAGCAACAAAACAAAAACAAUUUCACUCACCUAAGCUUAAAAAUCUAUUUAAAAACACCCACCACAUCCACACAACGGAAGAAAGCCACAUUACACACACGAUUACAGCUAAACGUUAAAUAAUGGAAAUUAUAAACAAAAAAGUAAUAACAGAAGAAAAAAAAAACAGAACAAAACCACAUUGUAAAGCUAUUAUAACUUUUUAAUGAAUAAUGAAAUUAUUGAAAUAAAAACUGGGAAAUCUGUA